GAGCGGCAGUCAACGCCGAGGAACGUGCGCGUUUUAACGAACCAUUCCCAAUCGUCCAAUGACAUCAGAUCCUCUUUUGCGAUUCAUAUGCUGCUCACACUACCUCAUCUUCUGCUUCUUCAUCUUCUUCACUGAGGUAAAUCCGAUUUGAAUUGUCGAUAUAUACGCUGUAACGUUGUUGUUGAUCGGAGAUGGUUAAGGAGACGAAAUACUACGACGUGCUUGGGGUGAGUCCUACCGCCACUGAGGCCGAGAUCAAGAAAGCUUAUUACAUCAAGGCACGGCAAGUUCAUCCUGAUAAAAAUCCAAAUGAUCCUCUUGCAGCACAAAAUUUUCAAGUUUUGGGAGAGGCAUACCAGGUUUUGAGUGACCCUGCCCAAAGGCAAGCAUAUGAUGCUUAUGGAAAAUCAGGAAUCUCAACCGAUGCAAUUAUUGAUCCUGCCGCAAUAUUCGCAAUGCUUUUUGGUAGUGAACUUUUUGAGGACUACAUAGGACAGCUUGCCAUGGCAUCAAUGGCCUCACUAGACAUUUUCACGGAAGGGGAACAGUUUGAUGCUAAGAAACUGCAAGAGAAAAUGAGGGUUGUUCAGAAAGAGAGAGAAGAAAAGCUUGCUCAAAUAUUGAAAGAUCGACUCCACCAAUACGUCAAAGGAAACAAAAAGGACUUUGUUAGUCAUGCUGAAGCUGAAGUAUCGAGGCUCUCCAAUGCAGCCUAUGGUGUUGACAUGUUGAACACAAUUGGCUAUAUAUACGUGAGACAGGCAGCUAAAGAGCUUGGGAAAAAGGCAAUAUAUCUUGGUGUGCCAUUUGUUGCAGAAUGGUUUAGAAACAAAGGCCACUUCAUUAAAUCUCAAGUAACAGCAGCUACAGGUGCUAUUGCUUUGAUCCAGCUCCAGGAAGAUAUGAAAAAGCAGCUAAGUGCAGAAGGAAACUACAGUGAGGAAGAGCUUGAAGAAUACAUGCAAUCCCACAAGAAGUUAAUGAUUGAUUCCCUGUGGAAGCUUAAUGUUGCUGAUAUUGAAGCCACUCUUUCCCGUGUUUGCCAGAUGGUCCUUCAAGACAAUAACACAAAGAAAGAAGAACUUCGUGCACGGGCAAAGGGUUUAAAAACUCUUGGGAAAAUAUUCCAGAGGGCCAAAUCAGCCAAUGGAAAUGAGACUGAAAGUGUGUUUAGUGGAAAUUUCCAUAAACUGAAUGGAAAUAAACGAACCUAUGAUGCUACCUCUCCCAGUGCAUCGCCAAAAUCUUCAAGUCCCGAAGAGCCAUCAUAUAGUACAGUGGCACCACAGAGCCCCUAUGUUGAAGCCCCUCCACACAUCGUGGGUUCUCAGUUUAACUGUAACUUUCCAAAGCCAAUUGCACCACCUGGCGCCCAGAGACAUCCCUCGACGGGCAGGGACUGAGGAAGGAGAAGCAUGGCCCCAUCAAUGGAAAAGCUUGUAGCAUAGAUAAUGUGUCAUCAUGUUUUACAGCCUUGCAGGUGCAUUCUGGGUGAAGUUUUAGUUCUCAAUUUACUGAAUCUGUGUUCAUCAGAAGAUCUCAACUUCACCUGCGAGAGAGGAGGCAUCUUGUAAUGUUGUUUAUGAAGGAAAAUAUAUUUGUAUAACGGGGAUAACGAGAGAUGUAAGAAAUAUGUUUUUUUUGGGGUUAUUUUCUUGAGCUGGCUACCAAGCCUACCAUGGCCCUGCCUUGCCAUUGGAAUGAACUUUGCUGUAUUUUUUUUUUAAAAUGAGUUCAUGUGUGUGAUUUGGUUGUACGUGUAUAUUUAGAGUCGGUCUUUUGUUUGGAUAUCCUUUUGACUAAAAUACCUGUAUUAUUGAUUUUUAAGCAACCAAACAAACAUGAUUGCUCA